AUGAAAAGGAAAUUAGAAGAAGAAACUGUAAAUUUAAUUGGAAGGUCGGCCGCUGAGAGGAGUUUAGAUCGUUUCUAUAAUAGGCAACGAACAGAGUUGAAAAAAAUAAAGAGCAAUAAGGAUGAAAGCACUUCGAUGUUCGAUUUUAAUAAGGUUGUACCUUUUCCGGAAGUCACUAAGCCUGAAAAGGACUCCAAAGCCGAGUCGGAGCCUAAGGUGAAAUCGGAGCCUGUGAAGAGAAAGCUGAAGGAGGUAUUGUCGGAUUUAAGCAAGAAGCACAUACCAAACAGAAAUAAGUUUGCGAAGAGUGUGUCACUUUUGGCGAAGCUCGCGAACUCCUUUUUCAAGGAAUCGUAUAAAACUGAACCUGAAGUGACGUAUGUGGACUUCCUUUCAGUUUUCUCCGCCGUUAACGAUGCGUUCGUCAAGGAGUUCUCUGGGACAGUGCCCAAGGACUGUUUUGAUGAGAAAGCGGCGCUAGUCGCCCUAACUGAGGUUAUCGACUACGUCAUAGAAUCGCAGUCGGCUCACGCUGCCGUUAGCCCGGAAUCGGAAUGUGCAAAGAAGGAGUCGAGUGACGCUAGGUGCAAAUCAGAAUCGGAGGCGCCCUCGGAACCUGCAGAGCUCAAUUUGAACUCAGGAGAGCUCCUGUUUCUCAAGUUGCUCAAAAUGAGCUUCGGGUACCCAUCGUCCCUGUGGUACGAAAAUGACCCCUUCGCCUUCCACAACACUGUGAACACGCUGAGGCGCUUUUUCGAGGACUUUCUGGAGGAUACGAAGACCGGCUUUGUCCUCAGGGACGUCGCCAGAGUUAACAGCGACCCCUUUGAGCUCCCGACCAGGGACGAACUCUUGUCACUGCAGCUCAAGGCGUUCGUCAGGACUCUGGGAGUUGUGUUCUGUUUUUUUGAAUUCCCGUGGUCUAAAUCGUCUUUAGUGCCUCUUUUCGGCCUUGUUUACCUCAAGAGGCACGUGUUUGAGGAGGCUGAUCAAUCGCGCAUCUCAACUUGGCAGUCACACAUCAACGCCAACAAGAGCAAAGGUGCUAAAACCAUUACCGUUCAAUCGAUUGGUGAGUCCUCAUUUGAAGUCCGCGACGGCAGGGAUGAAAAGGUCACGAGCGUCCACGGCUCGCAGGUUUGGACUGACCGUCAACUGCGUCUUUAA